AGAUAACUGUUCCUAAACCUGAACAGAUAGAGUGAGUCUGGUUUAUAAUAUUAUGCAUUUAGUUUGAUAUAGGCCUAUAUUUGAUGAACCUGAUAAUAUGGAGAUUUUCUACGAAAGAUUAUCACUGUUGUUGUUACUACUAUUAAGCAAAUUGUCCAUCUCUUUAACCCAACAAUCAGCAGUUGUUUCAAUGGGCAAGUCGGCAAGUCAGUCUUCAACUGAUAGUCCCAGUAGUGAUUAUUCUGCUGAUUUUGCUGUUGAUGGUAUUUCUAGUACAUGUUCUCAAACAACAAUGCAACAAGCGACUGCUUAUUUUUGGUAUGUUGAUUUAGGAGUCAUCUACAGUGUUGACUAUCUUUAUAUACUUCCUGGAAAUGAAGCUAGUCUGAUUGACAUUGAUGUGUAUGUUGAAAAGGAAUUGGCAAUCCCUGGUAGUAACCAGUGUGGAUCUACUAUUACCACUAUUUCAUCCAAUUACUAUUACAUAGACUGCAAUCCAUCAAUUAAUGGACGUUAUGUUAUAUUAUAUCGAAGUCAUACUAGUAACACGAAGCUCACUCUGUGUCAAGUUCAAGUGUUUGGAGUACCUGAUGAACCACCAGUUGUGACCUGUCCAAGUAGUUUUAAUACAGGUACAUCGCCAGGCCAAUCAACAGGAACUGGUAUUUGGAAUCCACCAACAGUAACUGAUGAUAUUGACACUGGCUUGUCAGCUACUUGUACUUCAUCUUCUGGCUCAUUAUUUCCUGUUGGUGACACUAUUGUUAUGUGUACUGCAACUGACAGCGGUAGCAAUACUGGUUCCUGCACCUUCACUGUAACCAUCAAAGAUUUUGAACCUCCAAGUGUGACCUGCCCUUAUGACAUUACAGUAAAUGCUGCAGCUUUAAGUCAAGCUACAGUGAUCUGGGAUGACCUAGCAGUCACCGACAAUGUUAAUACUGGUCUGUCAGCUACUUGUAUUCCACCUUCUGGUUCCUCAUUUAAUGUUGGCUCCAAUGAUGUUAGAUGUACUGCUACUGAUACUGCUAAUAAUGAAGGCAGUUGCAUGUUUGUUGUCAAUGUUGAAGUACCUGUACCUGAAGACCCAGUUGUGACCUGGAUUAGUGGUAGUGUUAAUGUACCUACAUCUCCAGGCCAAUCAACAGGAACUGCAACUUGGAGUCAGCCAACAGUAACUGAUGAUAUUGACAUGGGCUUGUUAGCUACUUGUACUCCACCUUCUGGUUCAUCAUUUCCUGUUGGUACCAAUACUGUUAUGUGUACCGCAACUGACAGUAAUGGCAAUGUUGGUUCCUGCACAAUUACUGUUAUUGUCCAUGAUUUUGAGAGUCCCAAUGUAACAUGCCCUGAUGAUAUUUCCAUGAGUACAUCCUCAAGCCAAGUUACAGUGACCUGGAAUGACCCAACAGUCACUGACAAUGUUGAUGCUGAUCUGUCAGCUACUUGUACUCCAUUUUCUGGUUCCUUAUUUGUUCUUGGUUCAAAUGAUGUCACUUGUGGUGCUACUGAUGCUGCUGGUAGGACAGGUAGCUGUAUGUUUACAGUUAAUAUCAUUG